AAGUAUCACAGAAAGCGAUCUCGACAGAAUAUAAUAUAUAUAUUGUCUGUCGGCCCCUUGCAUGGAAGUGUCUCUUCUUUCGAGUUGAUCAGGAAAUUUGUGAGUUGCUACUUUUUCGGAAUGACCGUGAAAUUUCUGGAAGAGAUUGCCGUCACGAAGGUGAAUUGUAAACAAAGAUUUUAUCCAGAUGCUGGAAAACUGCAGUUGUUAGUAACAGAUUUGAUGCAUUAAGUGAAAACUAAUCUCCCUGCUGAUGGUUACUGUGUCAUUGGUCUUACAUGGGUGGAUCUUUAUCCUGGUGAAGAUUGGAACUUUGUUCUAGGGGAAUCAUCAUGUGAGGAUGGUUGUGCUGUGGUUAGCUUUGGUCAUUUUGAGCCACAGUCCUACCAGUAUAAACAUUUAAAUGAUACAACAAAUCAGAACAUUGCAGGAGUGCAAUGUGACAAAGCUGAUAGAACUAUUUCCUCAGUCUCUUUUGAGAGGAAUGUUCAUGAUGAUGUAAGCCUUUACCUGGAAGAUUUUGCAGAUAUAGAAAAAGUCAAUAAAGAGAUCAUUUGGAGACUUCUAAGGGUAUCAAGCCAUGAAAUAUGUCAUGUGUUUGGAAUGGCUCACUGUUCAUAUUUUGCUUGUGCCAUGAAUGAGAGUAAAUCAGUCCUCCAAGCAGAAAAUCAACCUUUAUUUCUUUGUCCAGUUUGUUUGCGUAAACUACAAAAAGCUGUUGGCUUUGAUGUUAUGGAAAGGUACACUGGCUUAUGUAUCCUUCUAGAAUAUGUCAUGAAUGAAAUACUUUCUAAAGAUGAUUAUUGCCACACCGAAGACACAUCAUUACAAAAUACUGAAGAAUGCAAAUUUGUAAUGGCAAUCAGUUGGUUGAAAUCAGUGCUUAAGUUUAUCAAGAGGAACAAUGAUAUAAACUCCACUAGCAAUUAGGGCUGUUUGGACCAAAAAAUCGUGUAAUUCAGGUCACUGGAUAUUAAGCCAUUUUUCCAUGACUGCACACUGGAUACGAGAUGAUGGAUGACAAACGAAAUCUGUAGGGCCAAGUUGGCUAUAACCAUCUCAUAUCCAACAAGCGCAAGUAGAAUAAUUGCUUUAUGAAAAAUGCCUCAAAAUAGAGAUAAAUCUUCCUGACUUUAUUUCAUAAACUUUAUUUUCUUAUGUAAUGGUUCAUAAUCCAUGAUGGCUAAGCAAAUGAAAACUCUCAAAUUGUAUUAUCCAUUGAUCCAGUGUUUAAAAGGAGAACAUUUCCUCCAACCUCACAGGGCUGACUAAACUGAAAAAUAGGCUAUUAUCUUCUCCUUCUUUCUUUCCCAUAGGCCCAUGUUUUACACGAUUUUUCUCUCCAUUUAAGUGAUUCACAUUUUUAUUUAUCAUUAUCACCUUUGCAGGUAGCUGUAAUCCUAUCGUAACUAUUUUCAUGGUUUUCUUCAUUUUUUAAUGAGCCAGAUAUAAUUUAAUACAAUUUUUUUUAAGUAGAUUCAAAUCAGUGUCAAUUAAAAGUAUUGUCUUAGGAUCAAUAAAUCAUUUUUAAGAAA